CGAACUCUGACCCUCUCUCAAACUGCAGCAAUCGACUGAAAAUAUUAUUUAUUUGAUCACCCAUCCCACUAACGUCUGAUCAAAUAGCAUUAUAACAGGUAAGGCAAACGGUCUUGCUCACGAAUACUACCUUCGAUUGACGUAUUGGUCGGGUCUGUCAUAUGAGGCGAAUACGUUGCUGCAGAGGAAGGGAUGCAGCCAUAACAAGCUAGCUUAAAGCUAAUAGCGCUGGGUGGCUAGCUAGCUCAUCCUUCCGGAUCCCGACGCAAGAUCAAAAUUUGUAAACAAAGCAGUUUCUUGCCACAGUUUCAUGAGACUCAUGGGGGUUUUAAUGUGAAGAGCAGCAGAAGAAAAUUUAAGUCAGCAUGGAUGGCCAGAGGAUUCAACUGGUAUCAGCAGAUGGUGGCAUGGCCCUAGGACACAGAAUACAGAUUGUGACAGAUCAGCAGACUGGACAGAAGAUCCAGAUAGUGACCGCCCUGGAACAGACCUCCCCAGGAAAGCAGCAGUACAUUCUGGCCAAUGCCGACUACUCCUCAGGUGGAAAGGUGAUCCUGGCUAAACAGGAGUCCCCGUCUGGAAAAGUCAUCCUUGCUUCCCCAGAUGGCUCAGGGGUCAAUCAGCUGCUGUUCACCUCACCUGACCUGGGAGGACAACAGAUACAGUUUGUGACUGAAGGAUCUGACCAGGCUAUGGUGAAGCCGGUGGUGGAGUACUGUGUUGUGUGUGGAGACAAGGCCUCAGGACGCCAUUAUGGUGCAGUAAGCUGUGAGGGCUGCAAGGGGUUCUUCAAGCGCAGUAUUAGGAAAAACUUGGUAUACACGUGCAGAGGCUCUGGAGAGUGUGUUAUCAACAAGCACCAUCGCAACCGCUGCCAGUACUGCAGGCUGCAGCGCUGCAUGGCCCUGGGCAUGAAACAGGAUUCUGUGCAGUGUGAACGGAAACCUGUUGAGGUGUCCAGAGAGAAGUCGGUCAACUGCGCUGCCUCCACUGAGAAGAUCUACAUUCGUAAGAACCUGUGCAGCCCUCUGGCCGCCACACCCACAUUUGUGACUGACAAGGAGACUGCCAGGUCAACGAGUUUGCUGGAGUCGAGCAUGCUGCUGAACAUUCAGCAGCCGUUCCCCAAGAUGGAGAACACUGUCUUGAUUCCAGCCUCUCCUGAAACGAACGAUCCGUGCCAGGGUGACCUAAGCACUCUGGCUAAUGUAGUCACAUCUCUUGCCCACCUGAACAAGGCCAGGGAGGUUGCCGAGGGCAACAACGACAUGAUGGGGGAGACCCUCAGCAACGGGGACAGUUCCAUGACAGAUCUCCAAGCAGAUGAACAAACUGCAAGCGAUAUCACUAGAGCGUUUGACACCCUGGCCAAGGCCCUGAACCCUGGGGACGGGUCAGCGGGCGACUCCCUAGAGGCCACCAUGCAGCUGAUGUCAGGGGACCAGUCGGGCCCUGUGGUGGAGCUGGAGGGACCCUUGCUCUCAGACAGUCAUGUGCCCUUCAAGCUUAUGAUGCCUUUACCCAUGCCUGAGUACCUCAAUGUGAACUACAUCUGCGAGUCAGCUUCACGACUGCUCUUCCUCUCUAUGCACUGGGCACGCUCUAUACCUGCCUUUCAGGCCCUGGGUGGCCAAGAUAAUGACAUAAACCUGAUGAAGGCAUGCUGGAAUGAGCUGUUUGCCCUGGGCUUGGCCCAGUGCUCCAACGUCAUGAAUGUCGCCACCAUCCUGGCUGCCAUCAUCAAUCACCUGCAGACCAGCUUACAAGAAGAGAAGCUGUCCCCGGAGCGAGUUAAACUUGUGAUGGAACACAUCUGGCGGAUGCAGGAGUUUUGUAACAGCAUGUCCAAGCUAUCCCCAGAUGCUUAUGAAUAUGCCUACCUCAAAGCCAUUGUCCUUUUUAGCCCCGACCACCCAGGAAUAGACAACACCCUGCAGAUUGAAAGGUUCCAGGAGAAGGCCUUCAUGGAGCUUCAAGACUACGUCACCAGGACCUACCCAGAGGACUCCUAUCGGUUAUCCAAGCUGCUUCUGCGUCUGCCGGCCCUGCGCCUCAUGAGUGCGGCCGUCACGGAGGAGCUCUUUUUUGCGGGCCUCAUUGGCAAUGUGCAGAUAGACAGCAUCAUCCCUUACAUUCUCAAGAUGGAGUCCACCGACUACAACAGCCAGGUGGUCUCUGGUAUCUGACCCCCCACCCCCACCCCACUCACAACGCCACUCCAAAAACCACACACCCCAGAGAACCAGUCGGAGUGGUUAGCAGAUGGGUCAACUCAUAACUGGAAAUGAGUUUUGGUGUUAUUUGCCCCUUUCAAAACGGCAUAUGAUGCUGUUCGUCCCUUUCAACUUUCCAGAUUGAUGGACACUUAUGACAGAUUAGCUAGUUGAUUCUCUAUGACUGCUUAAAGAUGGUUCGCAGGGUGACAAUCUAGUACUCACCAGUAAUGGCCAAGCCGACCCUUACCCGCUGAUUCAGGAACAAACUUUUGAACUGGGCAUAGUUGAUUGUGCUUUUUAUUGUACAGAGUAUUUUUUUUGCUUCAUAUCCUUUCAAUGCUUUCAUUUUGUGCUUUUUGAUUGUUCCCCCAUCCAGUUGUUCUUUGCUUUUUUGUAAUGUUUUUGAGAAAAACUUUUGUUGGAAUGUGAAUUGGUUUAUCAUGGAAAUGUGGUCAAUUGUGAAGGUUAUAACCUUUUCUAUUUUACUUGUUUGCCAAUCCAAAGGAAAAGGCUUGCAUCAUGAGUUAACUCUACCUAAAGUAAUGUGAGACUUAUUUGAAAUAUGUAUAUAUAAAUAUGUAUAUAGACAGAAACGAAACAAAGCUAUCAUGGCCGAUUAAGUUGCUCAUGCAAGGAUUCCAUCUUUUGGAUAUAUUCAUGUAGUUGCUAAACAAUUGUCAGUUCAUUUGAAAAUAAAAAUGAAAUUUUCAAUU